AUGCCCAUCAACGACAACAAGCGCCCCCUUGCCGACGACAAGCCCGGUGAUGAGAACACACCCCCGAAGAAGGCCAAGAAGGACGACAAGGACGAGGGCCUCCAUACCCAGCUCACCGGCCCUUGGGAGAAAUGGGAGAAGGCCUGCGCCGCCCGCUAUACCGCUGAGGCUACCAUGCACGCUGCUUGGAGUCUCAAGAUGUACGCAGAACGCCAUUACAAUGACUGCGCCACACUGUUCCAGAAGGCCGGCUCUUUGAAGAAGGACGCCACUAGCCCUUUCGAGUCAAUCGCCAUCCUCAGUGAAGCCCUUCAAAUCUCGCAAGAGGCCGCUUCGAUCAAGGACCAAUCAGACGUCUACUGGAGGAAGCAAGUUGAUGCGAUGCCGGAAGCCGAACAGCACGAGGAUAACAUGCUCGAAGCCUGCAUGGGCAAGUGGCCCAUCGAGAGUACAUCCGCAGCCGCCGGGGCUGAGGAUGUGGCGCCUGCUCGGCCCCCACAUGGCGUUAACUUUACGUGGACCGCAUUCGACGACGACUUCAAGGCCAUCCACAGGCGCCUGAUGACUUCAAUCGAUCGCGCCAAUCGCGUCCGUGGCGUCCGCCGAUGA